CACCCACACUGACCUCUGCUCUCGAAGUCCUCCUCGCCAUCUGAUGCGCCCUUGACGCCAGCAAGGGCCUACUCAAUGACGCUUACACACCAGGAACUCUCGCGAUCACGGGGAGACGCGUCCGCGAGGUGAGAUAUCGGUCGAACUCGAUGAUAACGGCAACGAGCGGCUUGUCCUCAACCUCGUCGCACGAAGGCUCGGAAGAGGUCUAGCAACAAUGGACGCCAAAGGAAUCAGCGAGACCUCUUCAUACACUCCAGGCUUCUGGCCCAAAGAGGAUAGGCAGCGUUGGAAGCGCAUCCUCAUCUACACCUUCGCCAUAUGUGUAGUCCUGACUCUGAACUUCCGAUCCGAGAUCUACUACAAACUCUUCCUCCCACUCCCCCUCGAUGACUUCCCCGACCUACCUCUUCACUGCGCCGACAAGACACCCAUCGGCGCCUCCGAGUUCACCGCCCGGCAGACCGCCCUCGCGCGCGCCCUCCACGCAGACGGCGCCAUCUACAUAGCCGAACCCGGCGCCAACACCCUCUACUACGGCAACUUUUCCGAUGGCGAUUGGAAGCUCUCCGAGCGGCCUCUCCUGCUCAUGGUAGCGCCGACCGGGACUGGGGACGACAUCCGCGCAGACAUCACGGUCCUGACGCCAAAAUUCGAGGCGACGCGGGCGAAGCUGCUGCCUAUACCAGCUGGUGCAAACUUGUCAUGGGUGUCGUGGGCGGAGGAGGCGAACCCGUACGAAAUUGCUGCGUCGGCGUUCGCUCCUGCGCCAACGAAGGUGUACGUCGAUCCGAGCAUCCGGCACUUUAUCGUGGAUGGGUUCCAGAAGGCGCUGCCGCAUGCAAAGGUCGUCAUCGCGCCGAACAGUGUCCGUCAGCUGAGGGAACGCAAGAGUGCUGCCGAGCUUGAGCUGAUGAAGUGCGUGAAUGAGGCUACCCUGCUUGCCCUACGUGCGACUCACAAGCGACUAUACGCAGGCAUACGCGAGUCGCAAGCUCGCGCUAUUGUGGCCGACGCUCUGACGGCCAUCGGUCUAAAGGAUGGCGGCUGCUUGACCCUCUUCGGAGACAACGCUGCCCUCCCUCACGGCACGGGCACCGACCGCGUCCUCGGCAUAAAUGACUAUGCCCUCUUUGACUGCACCGCAGACCUGCACGGCUACAAGAGCGACCUCACUCGCACCGUCGCCCUCCCCUCCGCCCACGUUCCUGCCGACCAUCGCCAGAUCUGGGAUCACGUCCACGCCGCGCAGACAGCUGCCCUCAAGACCGCGACAGCGGGAACCGAGAUGCGUAAGGUCGACGAGGCGGCGAGGAAGUCGUUGGAGGCGACGAGUUACGCGCCGUACUUUACGCACCGGCUGGGGCAUGGCAUCGGUCUCGAAGUCCACGAAGACCCAUACCUGAGAGGCGGAAACGACCUCGUCAUCAAGACUGGGCAUACAUUCUCUGAUGAGCCGGGCGUGUACAUCGAGGGCAAGGUCGGUGUACGCCUAGAAGAUUGCUUCUACGUGGACGGGGAGACAGGAGAGGGCGUGCUAUUCACCGCCGGUGUCGGCGGCCAGGCUACCUCGCCGUGGUCACCGUAG